GACGGAAUGCACAUCUCUAUUAUUGAGAACAAUGCAAAGAUGACCAUGAACACUGACGAGCGAAACUUCAGAUCCAGCUAUUACGAGAAAUGCCUUAUUAACAGUGUCGAGGAGAAGAAGUCGCUGAACAAGCUGCUCCAGGAUGAUAUCCGUAACCUGAACAAGCUGAAGCAGUUCUGCAUGAACUAUACGGUGCCCAACAUACACAGAAGCUAUUUGUGGGCCCUGGUAAUGGGAAUUCUGCCACUCCACAAGGCGUCCACAGCAUACAUACGGGAUCAGAGAAGCGAAAUGUACGAGGAUCUGCUCCGUGCUGUGACUGUGCUCCGAUGUGCCGAUCAAAAGGAAAAGGAGCUUGUCAUGCACACAAUGUGGCUUCUUGAAUCCAAUCGACUGUGGCACGGCAACGCCAGUUCAAGUCUCCAGGCUGAAGACAUGAACUUUAUCGAGAUUGUGCGCACGCUGCUCCAGAUAUUUACCGACGACGUGGAAACCUACUGGAUAGCCAAGGGAUUCUACAAGUACACCCGCGAGCUAAAGAAGGAGUGCGUCAAGCUGAAGGAGCAGACACAGAUUAUGCUUAAGCGGGAGGAUCAGUCCUUGUUCAACCACCUAGAGGAGCUCGGCCUGUUCAAUAGCAGCUCAACGCUCUUGGACAAUUGGUAUAUAACCUGUUUUGCUGGCGUCAUCUGCGAGACUGUUUUGGUCAAGAUCUGGGACAAAGUCUGUGGCGGCUCUCGAAAGAUUGUCGUUUUUUUGUUCGUUGAAUUAGUCAAAGAUAUAAAGUCCCUAUUACUGAAGCAAAAAUCCCUGACAGACGUCAAAAGGCUAAUUGAAACGGUAAAGGAUCUCGACGGUGUUAUUGUGAACAAGGCCAUUAAAUCUCUGCAAAACAACAGCAGUGAAGUCGAAUACACUCACUAAGUUAAUCUACAUGAUUUUUAUAUUGAGCAUGUAAAUAGCGAAAUGAACUAAAUGUAUUUGAAGACGA